AUGCCGGAGCUGGCCCGCCGAUACAUGCAGCCAGGGAGAGAGGUGAUCGUCCGCUACGACACCGAGCGCCGCCUGUGGCAUCGACGGACGCUGAUAGAGCCUUGCGACGCGGUGGUGCUGGCCCGCGUGAUGGGCGAGCCAGCAGACGACCCUUCCGCUCUCAUCAUGCGGGUGUGGACGCCGACCGGGGACAUCUACCCGGAGGAGCUGGGCGUGCCGCCGCUCCUCGGCAUCGCGCCGUGCGAUCUCGAGGGGACGCCGCUGCGGGAGGCUUGCCUGGGUCCUCCAUCUCAUUUUGGACGGCUGUUCGAGUCUGGACAGGUCCUUCGGCCAGCACAGUACGAGAGAGCUCGAGCGGUCUUUCGAGCACAGAAUCGUGGUCAAGUGGCUCCAGCUCCGGACGCAGAGCCUCUUCUGGACGACGAUGGUGAGCCUGACGACGGUGGCGGUGCCCUCGCGCCUGUGGGCGCGCCAGUUGUCGGCGGCACCUUGACGCCGCUGGCCCCGCCCGCCCCCGCCCCGGAGGACGUCAGGAUUCUCAAGAUCGCCGACGAGCUCGGGGUCACGUUCGGAGGAGGCCGCCUGCCGGCCCCAGACGGCCGCUGGGUCGACGUCAGCUCCGCCAACGUUCUGGCCCUCGACUCGCCAAGUGGGGGCGUCUGGGUCGUCGGCCCGGGGUUCGGCAUGCUGCUGAAGGACGGUUCGCUGCGGCUCAUCGCGGACCGCGGUGCGGGGCCGGUCGACACUGGCGACGAUGGCGGGGAGGCGGAGCUCGACGCGCGCAUCCUGGAGGUCUCGCGAGACCGGCUGGGCAAGCGUUUCAAGGACUUCAAGAUCGCUGUCGACUUGGUCACGGAGACGGCGUGGGAUUCAUGGCCCUUGACGGGGCCGCGGACUACAAAGUGGUGUUUGCAGUUUACUCUUCAGACUAAUGGUCACCCGAGGGCUCUUCAUUCGUGGUGGAAGUCGACGUGCGGGCUCUCUAUUGCGGACCCUGGAGUUUCAGAUCAUGAAGCGGCUAUGAAGGCCGUGGAGUACGCCCUGACCUACGACCAGGUCAACGCCGCUGAAUUAUCUUUCGUGGAGCUUCUCCUGCGGCGGGCGCAGCUGGCCGAGUACCGCUACAAGCACAAGCUGCUGUGGACAGACGGCCAGGUCGACGCUCUCCUGCAGGACGAGUUUCUUUACCUCGGGGUCAGGGAGACGCGUGGACAGCUGAUGCUCUGUCCACUGUUGGAAGAGUUCGUGGCGUCGGAGCUCCACCGCGAGAGCACGAUCACGAAGGAGUCGAGGAAGCUGAACGAGGAGAGGAGGCUACAGGCUGGUCAGGCUUCUCAUGUCCAUCGACCCCUCGUGGAUGCUGCGGCUGGCCUUCUGACGUUCCCGGGCGGCCCUGGGGGCAAGGGCAAGACUAAGGCUGAGCGAGCUGCCGAGCGAGCCGCCGGCAAGGCGCACGCGAAGGGCCUGGGCAAGGCCACCGCGGCGGGCAAGGCUUGGGUUAAUUCGGCGGUGGAGUGCUUGAACGAGAUGGAGGUUCUCGCCGACGUCUAUCGGGCCAUGCCCCCGCCUCCCUGCGCCGCCGCGCAAGCCCUCAGCGAGCUUGGCGGCAGCCGCCCGGGCUACGCGGACAGCGACCCCAGGCGCAACUUCCAGCCUGACCUAGUCUCCUUGCCCACGGUGGGCGGCCUGGCGGACGGCGAGCAGGUGCUGUCCGGUCAGGCUCUUGAACGCUGGAGGUCUGUUUCGACUACCUUGCGGCCAGAGUCCUCUGGCAGCUCAACUUCGGCUAAUACUUCAAUUCGCCCUUGCAGCGACCCUUCUCUGGUCAAGGACCAGGUGCGGUACAGUAACUUCGUCAUGCAAAUGCUGGAGGCCGGUCUGGUCACCAUGCGUGCUGAGCGCCCUGCUACGGUUGGCAUCUUCUUCGUGGCGAAGAAGGACGGGCGCCUGCGCAUGAUUUUGGACACCAGAGCGGUCAACGACCUCUUCGAAGAGCCGGCGCACUCGCGCCUGCCAGCUCCUGCGUCACGGGCCUCCGUUGAGAUCGGGCUCACGGACGACCUCAUUCUGCCCCAGAUGGACGUCGACAACGCCUUCUACCGCUGCAAGGCGCCGCCCGGCGUCUCGGCCCUUUUUGCGCUGCCCCGAGUUUCUGCUCGGCACCUUCAUCGAGUCGACGGGAAGUUGGCGACCAAGCUUGGCGUGACCGCGACCGGUUACGUCACGCCCCACCUUGAGGUCAUGGCCAUGGGCUGGUCGUGGGCUCUUUACUUCUGCCAGGCGAUGGCGACGGCCAGCGCGCUCCGCGCGGGCGUGCCGUCGGAGGCCUUCUUGCUUGACAAGAAGCACGCGCCCGACAUCACUGGCGACAAGUUCGGGACGGCGAUCUACGUCGACAACGCGGGGGUCAUCGGCGCCAGCGACGACGUCGUCAGGGACAUGGCCAAGAAGCUCUACGCCCAGCUCGCGGCGGACGGGCCCCAGUGCAAGGAUCUCGAGCACGGCUUGCCCGAGGCCCAGUUCACGGGCAUGACGCUCGACCCGGUGGCUGGCGACUCGCGCAUCAAGAUCUGGCCCGCGGUAUCCUGGGAGCUCCGUUGGAUGAUGGCGCUGCUGCCUCUGGCCUACACGGACAGCAAGAGGCCUUGGAGCACGCAGGUCGUUGCGACGGACUCCGAGGGCGCCAACGUCACGGACAACGGGGGGUUCGGCAUUGUGGUGAAGCCCUUCGAACUCCAGACAGUGAGAGAGUGGGGCCGGCAGAGCGAGCGCUGGAGGUUCGCAGUCGAGGACGCUGUGCAGGCCCGCCGCCGCGCCUUGGCUUCCGAUGCGGAGCCGUCGGGCGCGCCGCGGCCGUGCGAGGGGGCUCUACCAGAUGAGCUCCCUCCCGAGCUCAUGGACAUCCGGCGCGAGAGCCCGGAGGUGCGCGCCUCGCUCCAGGCUGCUGUCGAGGCGCUCGCCCGAGCCAGCGGCGACCCAGACGCCCCGCCCGAGUUCGACGACGGGCUUUGGCGUCCGGGCGGCGGGCCUUGCACGUUGGGACCAUCAAGCACUUGGCGCGACUGGGUUGACGACGGAGGCUUCGAGGCUUUCGAUUCGGAUAGCGACGACUCGGAGGACGAAGCUUUGAGGGCGCGCAGUUUCGGCCAGUACUUCUUGGAGGUGAACAAGGUGACGCGUCCUUCUGCCAUGAUGUACGACAGGUACUUUCAGGACUUCCAGACCUGGGCCAGCAGCAACGGCCUGCCGCUGAACGCCAGCGAGGACAUCUCCCUCGCGAUGCUCGAGUACCUGGAGGUGAUCGCGGCGCUGGGGAACAGGAUCCCGGGCAUCCGCAGCGCGAAGGUCCUUGAGCGGGCCAAGAACGCGCUCAAGGGCUUCAGGGGGCUGGCUCCCGGUCUCAGCCGGGCGCCUCUGCCGUGGAUCGGCCUGUGUGCCCUAGUGGGCGCGGCUCUACACAUCAACGAUCUGGAGUUCGCGCAAUGCCUGGUGUUCUUGUUCCGGACGUACCUGAGCCCAGCAAGUGCCUGGGCCUGCGAGUGGAUCAGCUCGUUCCUCCGCUCCCCGGCCAUCCCCACGAAGACCAAGGAGUUCGACGAGAGCAUCCUGCUGGACAGUCCGGAGCUGGUCUGCCUCUACCCGCGCUUCUCAACCUUGAAGAAGCGCUCAGGCCGGGACAAGGUGUGGUCCUUCGACUAUCGGAGCCUGUUCAAGCGCGUGUCGGAGGCUGCGGGCCUGGGCCAGGCCAACCUCCACCCGUGCAUGAUGCGGCACGGGGGCGCCAGCGACGACGCGCUCAGGCAGACCCGCUCCUUGGAGGAGAUCAAGCGCCGCGGCCGCUGGGCCGCGGACACAUCAGUCAAGAGGUACGAGAAGCAUGCAAGAGUUCUGAAGUCGCUAGAAUGCCUGCCCAAGCUGGUGCGGGACUACGGCCUGGUCAUCGAGUGCCAGCUGAAGCUGCUGCUGGCCCUGCAGGCCAAGCCGCUUCCGCCGCCCAGACUGGGCAGGAAGCGCCUGCACGGGAAGGGUGCCGUUGGUGAACGCCUGAACUCGAUGAAAGAAAGUUGCAUCAGCUUUGACUCUCUCAAUGGACCAGAGUAUGACCUCACCAACCCUGUUGUGGUCAACGUGAUCUUGGGUUGGAUCCAGUCCGGCGUGGUGAAAGGAAUCAUCGCCGCCUUCCCAUGCAGCAGCUGGACUCCAGCUUUGUUCAAGCAGAUUCGCAGACCUUGGUGCCCUUACGGAAUUCCGAACCCGACUCCCGCGGAGGCCGCUAGACUGAAGACGGGUAAUCAGACUCUGAAGGUCACCUGUAGAUGCAUCGAGGUGCGCCAGACGUUCCUGGCGGGGUCGCGGGCUGGCAAGCAACGGCCGCCGACUCCGCCAGCUCGGCUGCGAGCGCGGGCGACCGCCUUGAAGAGGGGUGCCAGCUCAUCCGCCUGGGUGCCGCAUUCGGCCUUGCCCUACGGGCUGACGCAUCUGGGGAUGCCGCUCAUGCUCGUGAUGUUCGUGCUGGCGCAGUUCAUCCGGUUCUUCGUGGUGGAGUCGGUCGUGCCCCUGCUGUCCAUGAGGUGCCUUGUGGUGAAGGCGAACAGCAUGAAGCUAUUCGCCAUGCUGCUGCGGGACCUGCUGGUCCUCCAGGCCCCAGCCCCAGUGAGGGCAAGGGCACGCGAACUCCCAAUCCAUGGUUUUCGAGCAACGCCGAUCCUUCGGCGCCCGCGGCUGCGGACACAACCGCUGCUAGACCUGGCGGCGUUCGAGGGCCUCACCAUGAUCACGAUGACCGUGUUGCGACUGUUCGGCGUGCGCGUUCUUCGGCAUUCCCUUGCCAUGGUGGUCCUGUUCACCGCCAUGAUCCAAGUGCUCGCGAUGCUGUUCGGCUGGCACACUUUUCGGUGCGGCAAGUACAAAGGCGAGGACAAGCCGGAGCUGAAGAAGGCCUUCAAUGGAUGA